UCACGGUAGCAAAUUGCGUCGACCGGGCGAAAAACCACCUCUCCACGCAAGCACCGAUCUCCGCGACUUUUUCCGUCACCAGGCACGCAAAAUUGCCGAUAACUAUGCCAAACUGCUUGUGGCAUCUCGACUCAACUCGCCGUAUUCGUUGAUGUCAAAAUUUCCCGCUCCAACCUCGUCGUCGUUGGGAAAGCUGGGGUCAUCUGAGAAAAAGGCCCCUGUCGCCCUUGGUAACGAGACAUGCAAAACGGUAACCUGAAUGGCACUGCACACCCGCACGAACGCGUGACGCCCGAACCUGAGAACAGUACUCGUACCUCACUUGGUCCUGAAACUCCUGCAGACAGCGCAACGAAUGGUUUGAGUAAUCUGGGGACUAAUGAAGACACGGUCGCAAAUCAAACCAACGAGGGUCCGCCGUCCAAGAAACGCAAACUCACUGACUCGACCUCGCGGCGCUCCAGACCUCCUUCACCUCCCUGGAAAAGAAUCGGAGUAGAGGGUCCCACAAGCUUCUUCGAUAAUGGCCGGCGCAGAUCCUCGAGAACAAACGCUAUUCCUCUCGAGCUGCAGCCGCAAUCAGACAAGAGAAACACGCGAGCAGCUCGGAAGGAAUAUGUGACCAAGUCCCUCACAGGUCGCGCACAAGGCACUUCAUCGCCGCUGGCCUCAAGUGCAGUCAAAACUGAAACAAAUGGGAGAAGGUCUCUCGGUGGGAGGAGCUCCGCAAAUGGAACUCUCGCUGGAUCUCCCAGGAAAUCGAGCGCAAAACCCGCAGCUGGGAAAGACCAGGUUUCCCAGUCGCCAGCAGCAAGACCGGCCAGUACGCGGACACGGUCGCGGAGUUCCGCAACCCCAAAUGCGUUGUCUCGUAAUCAGAAUGGCGAGACCAAUGGUAUCGGUACGAACGGUGAUGCACGGAACAGUUCUCUAUCGGCGGCUACCUCGCCUGUUGCGGCUACGGACAGGAAGGCUUAUGCGAGAACCGUUCGGGAGGAAUACAAUGAAGACGAAGCAGAGAGUACUCAGAGGCUUCCGAGGCUACGGUUCAAGGUUAAGAAGCCCUCUCUCGCCAUUCAGCACCCCUCCCAUGUUCUGGCUCCAAGGAAGUACGCCUCGUUCCGCGCCUGGAUUGAGAGUGGCGAAGGUAUCAAGGGGGACAGUGACAUUGUGAGUCCGGAUCAGGCACGAGAGGAAGCAGAGAAAAGGCUUAGAAUACUCGAGGCUGGGGAGCCAGGAGGGGUACUCAGUCCGGAAAUAUGCUCUGUAUAUCUCACAGAACAGCAGGAGGAGCCACCACAGCAAUAUUCUCAUCAGGAUCACCUUGUCGCGCACGCUCUCUAUUUCCGAAAGCUGUUGGAGCAAGAGCACAGGCGCCACCGUAACAUGGCUCGACUGUUUGCCCAGUGGUGUGCAGAUGCAUGGCGGAAGCGCAAUAAGGAUCCAGAAGAUAUCCUCAGAGAGCAGGAGGAAGAAAUGCGCUUGAGACGGAAGCAGUUAGCGAAAGAUCUACAAAAGCAAUUCGACUUGGUCCGAGCAGAGGUCGACAAGAUGCGUCUAGCUCGCUGGGAACAAGAACGAAAGGCCGAAGAUCAGCAAGCUCUUGACCGUGCUAUCAAACAGUCAACUCUACUCUUCGAAAAGAGGCGUUUGGAGAUUCUAGGGGGGCCUGAGACUGAUGCCGACGAGUCUGAUGAAGAUGAACAGGAAAGUGAUGGUGGCGAGUCAGAGGAGGAUAGCCAAGAAAGCGACGCAUCUGAACUCGAAGAGGAAGGCGAAAGCAAUAUGUCCAGUACUGAUUCCGAGAGUGAGGGAGAUGGUGCUGACGAUGAUGCCAACUUGACUACUGAACAACUGCGCUUGAAAUAUGCAAACCUUCCAUCGGACGAUUUUGACGCCGAACGGAUGUCAGUCACUUCUGAUCAGACCGAGUCUUCUGUGCACAGCGAAACAUCUCAAGCAAAUCAUGUGCCCGAAUUGGAACAUACUCGUGAGCCCGAUGAUGACGCCGGUUCUGCGUUGGUUACGCAAUACACUCCUGAUCACGUUUCUUUGGAUGAAGUGAAUCCAUUAUUAUUGGAUGAUAGUGAUGAAUCCACUGAUAUGAGUGACGAUAUGGGUGAUAGUGACGACGAAAUGGAUAGCGAUGACGACGGCAGCGAGGAGGAAAGCGAUGGGGACAGCGCGCCUGGAUUGCUAGGGUUCUUCUCUAAGAAAGAUGCCGCAGCUCUCAGGGAUAAUGAGGAAGAUGAUGGCGCUUCUGCAAAUGACGCAGAGGAGUCAGGGUACCAAGAUGAGGUCUCUCUUGUCCCGACUGGGGUCCCUGAUGAGAAGGUUAAUGGUGACGAGACCAACGUCUCUCCAUCUUCUCCGGAAGAUGUGGCUGACGUUCAACAUGGAUCUCGUCAAAGUGGAGACGUAUCAAGUCAGGCUUCCCCUGGCACGGUCGUGACUAAACCAUCGGAAUCCGAAUCUAUUUCCUCAUACGAACCUGCCUCAGAGAAACCAGCUCCGCAAGAAGACCGUCCAGCAACUGCCGUUCAGCCUGGUUCGCCAGCUGAUUCCACCGCUCCCCUCGCUACUUCUGAUGCAGUUAUAGCCCGUGCCGGGAGUCCUCAUACAGUUGGAUCUACGGCUACACCGGGCCUGAAGACAGCAAUACCUCACUUACUCCGAGGGACUCUGAGAGAAUAUCAGCACUUUGGUCUAGAUUGGCUCGCUGGUCUGUAUACUAACCAUAUCAAUGGUAUACUGGCUGAUGAGAUGGGUCUCGGAAAGACCAUACAAACUAUAGCUCUUCUGGCUCACCUGGCUGUCGAGCACGAGGUCUGGGGCCCACAUCUAGUCGUUGUACCGACAAGUGUCAUACUUAACUGGGAAAUGGAAUUCAAAAAAUGGUGUCCCGGAUUCAAAAUCAUGACCUAUUAUGGAAAUCAAGAAGAACGGAAAGCGAAGCGUCGAGGCUGGACGGACGAUAAGAGCUGGGAUGUCUUGAUUACUUCGUAUCAACUGGCCCUACAGGAUCAGCAGGUACUCAAGCGGAGAAACUGGCACUACAUGAUCCUCGACGAGGCUCACAAUAUCAAAAACUUCCGUUCUCAGAGGUGGCAAGCACUUCUUACAUUUAAGACAAGAGCCCGACUUCUCCUCACUGGCACGCCUCUUCAGAAUAAUUUGACGGAACUGUGGUCACUGCUGUUUUUCUUGAUGCCUUCGGAUGGAGAUGAGGCAGGCACUGAAGGAUUUGCAGACCUCAGGAAUUUCUCCGAGUGGUUUAGACGUCCAGUGGAGCAGAUCCUGGAACAUGGCAGAGAGACUAUGGAUGAAGAAGCAAAGCGAGUCGUGACUAAGCUUCACACGGUUCUACGUCCAUACAUUCUGCGUCGUCUCAAGGCCGAUGUUGAGAAGCAGAUGCCAGCAAAGUACGAGCACGUCGUUUAUUGCAGACUUUCGAAGCGCCAGAGGUACCUCUACGACGGAUUCAUGUCUAGGGCGCAGACAAAAGAGACUUUAGCAUCUGGGAAUUACCUCUCAAUCAUCAACUGUUUGAUGCAGUUGCGCAAAGUCUGCAAUCAUCCAGAUCUCUUUGAAACUCGACCUAUUUCCACUUCUUUUGCAAUGCCCAGGUCGAUAGCGACGGAAUACGAGAUCAAGGAACUGCUCGUGCGGAGGCGAUUAUUAUACGAGGAUCCGCUUACGAAACUAGACCUUGACUUCCUCAACCUUGCCCCUAUCUCAAGGGAAGGGAUCUCUCGCAGGAUUGCCGACGAUACAAGAAGGAUAACGGCCUACGGUUCCUUCAAAGCACUCCGUGAACGUCAGUACAACCGGGCUAACUGGGAAAUGGAGUUUGACGGCUCUUCUGUCAAAUCCACCGUGAUCUCAAUGGAGAAUGCAUUGAGGAAGAAGCGGGUGGGGGAGCUCGAAAGAUGCAUGUACUUUGAAUCCAAGCGCCACGGUCUCACCCCUAUCUACGGGCAGAGCCUAAUGGAGUUCCUCACCUCUGAUAAUGCUCAGAGGGCCUGGUCUUCUCAUCCUUCCCGUGGACGUUCGAUGGCAGACUGGCUCUCCAGUCGAUCGUCCGUACUCGCUUCCAUGAUUUUAUCAAUUGAAGACAGGGCACACGACAUGGAAGGAUAUGUUCAGCGGUUUGCGUGUGUAACACCGGCAGCGAUUGCUUCCGGUGUCACUGAAGCGGCUCUCACACCCAUUCAGUCCCGGUCACUUUCCAAGGAACAGAGGUUCCCGCCAUAUGAUCCGUUCCACGAAGCUCAGAUGCGCUUGUCUAUAGCGUUUCCCGAUAAGAGACUUCUGCAGUAUGACUGUGGUAAACUGCAGAGACUAGACCAGCUGCUUCGGGACCUUCAGGCGGGCGGUCAUCGGGCCCUAAUUUUCACGCAGAUGACUAAGAUGCUUGACAUCCUGGAACAAUUCCUCAACAUCCACGGACAUCGGUAUCUGCGCCUCGACGGCACCACGAAAGUGGAGCAGCGACAGAUGUUGACUGAGCGCUUCAACAAUGAUAACCGCAUUCUCGCCUUCAUCUUGUCUACUCGAUCAGGUGGGUUGGGUAUCAACCUUACAGGUGCCGACACGGUCAUCUUCUAUGACCUCGACUGGAAUCCAGCAAUGGACAAGCAGUGUCAAGACCGUUGCCACCGUAUCGGUCAGACUCGCGAUGUCCACAUCUAUCGCUUUGUUUCGGAGUACACGAUCGAAUCGAAUAUCCUUCGCAAGGCCAAUCAGAAGAGAAUGCUCGAUGACGUCGUCAUUCAGGAGGGAGAAUUCACAACCGACUACUUCACCAAGAUUGACCCACGAGAGAUGAUCGGUGACGACGCGUUGGCCAGCAAUGAUGAAGCAAGCGCAGCCAUGGAUCGUGUUCUCAACACGAGGGUCGGUGGCACCGUCCGUGCAUUCGAGCAAGCAGAAGACAAGGAAGAUAUCGAUGCAGCCAAGAAUGCACAGAAAGAGCUUGAGCAUGCGGAUGAUGGAGAUUUCGAGGAACGGAGCGUAUCGCGCAGCACGCCGGCUCAGAUGGGCACGCCAUUAGCGACAGGCCCUGCGGAGGAUGAAACUCCCGGUGCGCAGACGAUUUCCUCGCCACAGGUGCAUACUGUCGAUGAGGAUGCCGAGGUCGAACAGCAGCCCGGUCACAUCGACGAUUACCUGUUGCGUUUCAUGGAGUGGAAUCUCAGAGACGAGCCACUUGUGCUUCCGCCAGAUAAGACCCAGAAGAAGUAUAGGAGGGGCAAAGAGCAUCGCAUUAAGAAGAAACGUCUCUGAGAGGAUGGUUACGGUUGAUGGACGUCAUAUGUAGCAUCUUUGGAUUUGUCUUUCUUUUGGUCAUAUACCAGGCUCUCAAAACCACGUCCGGGUCUUGGGCGGGAACUUGUCAUGUGUGAUGGCGUCACGUGUUUCUUUUUGAUCUUUAUAUUAGCGAGGGAAAGGUGCACCAUCAUUCCAGCGGAGUGCUUCUGUCCAAAAACGAGGGUUUCCUACAAUACAUUCUUAUAGUCUUAGAUUCCCUUGGUUCCU